GCAGUGACACAAACUGUUUCCUGUCUCUUCAGCUGUUCCCCCACUUCCCUCCUCUCCUUCCCAGUCCCUCUUCGGGCCAUUCCAGCUCCUUCGCCGUCUCGCUGUCGGUCGGGUCUCGGUUCUGUCCGGGCUGAGCCAUGUGUUGUUCGGUGGGUUUCGCCCGGUCCCUGGGCCUGGCGCUGCUGCCCCUGGCGCUCUGCUGUAUCCUGGCCAACCUGCUGCUGCUCUUUCCUAUGGGAGAAAUCACCUACAUCAAGCAGGACCGUCUGGCCACCUACAUCUGGUACUUUGGUGGACUAGGGGGCGGAGGGCUAUUGAUGCUGAUUCCAGCUGUGACCUUCAUCACUCUGGGGAAAUGCAGCUGCUGCUGGAACGAAAGCCUAAUGAUGUGCGGCUCAGUUCUGGCAGCCAUCGUCGGCCUCCUGGGCUCCGGUUACUGCUUUGUCAUAUCGGGACUUGCUUUGGUCCAGGGUCCCCACUGCUUCACCUCCUACGGGUGGUCGUACCCCUUUGCAGACCAGCGCGGCAGGUAUCUGUUGCAGCCCGAGAUCUGGCCGCGGUGCCUUCAGCCGCUCAACGUGGUGGAGUGGAACGUCACCCUCCUGUGCGUGUUGCUGGGCCUCGCCGUGCUGGAGUUCAUCAUCUGCCUUCUGCAGCUGGGAAACGGCUUAGUGAACGCCAUCUGCCGGCCCUGCUGCUACAAGCAGGAGUACAGUCUCAACGCUUAGAGAGACACCUGUGUAGGUAUCGGGCCGCCUAUCAGGAAAACCAACACCAGCAGAAUGACGUGCGCAGGACUGUCUAAAAACGCAACAUAUCUACACUGUUCCAUUCUGAUGAUCUAUAAUAUUAAUGGGUGACAGGUGUCACAGAAGUUAGUGUUAUAACAUAACUCUUUCUUGAACAUAUUAAAUUAGUUACGCCAAUCUUACAAAAUCGCAAAGCCAGCCUGUUGGCAUUUAGCAGUGUGUGAAUGAGAGUAGCUUCUUCUCAUGGGAAACCUGGAAAUGUUCUUAAAGGAGACAGCGUGUAUUCCCGUUGUUUGGUUUGGGUUUCUUAAUCUUCAGCGUUGUAAAAUACCCUGGAGUGUCCUUUUAAGCUUUUAGGCAUUGUAAGUGUUUUGGUUUGAACGUUGAAUUCCUGUUGUUGUAAAUUGCUACCUUGAUAUAUCUACCCGUUGCUAGUUUGUUAUUUCCUGAUGUUUUAUAUCUGUUUUUAGUGAAAAUCUUUUUUUUUCUUUCUUUUUUUUUUAUAAUGUGCUGUUUAUUUGUGCUGCCUCAAAUAAAUGAA